AUGUCGUCUGUGCAUCCCCGUUCUCUUGCCCUCAUUCUGGCAGCUUGCAAGCACUGGUCCUCUCCACUCAAACGACUUCUACAACUUUGGCGUUACCUCAAACAGUUGUUGCGCGUCUGGAACUUCGUCGCCAGACUUCGUAGACCUCGUGGUGGUGGUGGAUCAUGUGGUGGGGAGAAUCAGGUCGCAGGGAUUGAGGACAUUCCGGUGCAAGGUGCGUCCUCCUACAGUCCACACCGUCCAGUGUUUGAUUCGUCCCUCGUAGGCACACGCUGCACGGAAGUUGUGAGGUUAGGAUUUUCCGUCCCGCGUCCAGAAGCCGUCACCAUCUGCGAGAGUAGAAGACCGCUCUCGGCCCUCGACCUUCACCUCGAUGUCCCCGGACAUGCCCACUUCCUCCAACCAGGCGACCUCCCCAGUCGCCCACAGUCGCUCGUUCUCCCCGGCCGUCCUCCCGCCGCACGGAGCGAACUACUGCGUCCCUACUCCCACUCAACCGGUUCGGGCUCCAAUAUCUCAGUCAGCAUAAGGUCUACCGGUUCUCCUGCCCGCAGAGGCAGGCACUUCGAAGUUGCUCAUCCCCGGCCUGACGCCAUCCCCAACUCUCGCGCCGCGGCUCGUGGAAUAACGCGUGUAGCGUCUCGUGCGCCGUCAAGAGCAACUUCAGCCUCGAGACGCUCCAGAGCUGCUUCGCGUACGCCCGCGCGUUCUGUCAUCGAACUUCCCAUUCCAUUGCCUCUGCCCGCAUCCGCGCCAACGAAGUCGACCACUCCAAGUCUGCGUACCAUGUCGGUUUCCGAGGCCCCUACACCCGAGAUUAUCAUCGCCACCCCACCUAUCCGCCAGGAGUUAUACCCGGUUACGGAAAUACCCCGCUAUGAUAGCUAUGCAACUAUCUCACCUGCUCGAGGUGACUGGGUUUUGACCCCCGUUACGACUGAUUUUCCUAUAGACAACGUGCCCGCAGGGUGGAAAGCAGUGACCCACCCGGAGGGACGACUGUAUUUCUAUGAUGACCGCCGACGCAUAUUCACAGACAACGAUGUUAGAGAGCCUGGUAUUGCGGCCAUGCUGGACACCUUCGCCCGGCAGCUCGAUGAGAUGAUACUUGAGCAAAGCCUCGAGCUUCCUGCCAACCACGAGUUGGUGCUCUUUCUCGAACCGAGAAAGUCUGCGCCUGGGGUGUUCAACUGGUGCUACUACUUCGUGGACCACUCCACGAGAACCCUGUUUUGGAUUCAUGAAUGCGACCCCGUCGAGACCUUGGACAUCAGAGAGGUUAUCGCCCUCAAGGCGCCGUAUGACAUUCGUCAUGAGAUUCAGUCAAAAUACUGGAUGCACAUUGAAAUGUACCCUCAUCAACGUCAUAUUACUCCUGAUGUCUACACCGAAUUGACGGGCAUGUUGACCUUCGCUAGCAUGGACAGUACCACGUCAAUGACAUCUACAGUUGCUUACCGCGGUGACGAUGUUCAUCGUAUGAUUACUUUGGUGAAGAUUGCUAAAAGUGUGGAUGGAACCGACUAUGCAACAGCUGUCAUCGGCCGGCUUAUGUGCACAUGGACACACUACCGUUUCUUCAACUUCUAUGGGCAAACCCACGCCCGUCUAAAUCGCGAUCAGAGUGUGUACCACGGGGUCAAGAAGCGGCGAACUCUCCUCAUCAGAUUCUUCGCUCCCUUUUUCUGGAAUGCACCACACGUGCACUUGCGCAGCCUCGAGAAGAUUUACAUUGACGAAGUCAUCACAAUCAUCCCAUGGGGUGGUUUCAUCAGCAAGCUUCAAAACGAGUGGCAGGAGUUCGUCCUCUACGCAACGGUGUUGCUUAACGCCAACGUCGCGUUCCUGGCCAUCCCCAGUGUCGACACUGGCAGUCUCGAUCACGUCACUCCGGCCCGGAUUAGCAGUUUCCUGUCAAUUGUCACAAGUGUCGGGAGCAUCCUGCUCGGGCUGCUCCUUAUCCGCCAACACCGCGUCAAGUCCAAGGACACGGCAGAGGAAGCACACCGGUUCCUCCGAUCACGCAAGCACAAGGGUCUUGGUCUCGAGACACUCGCUAUCAUCUACAGCCUACCCUACGCGCUCCUCAUGUGGGGGAUGAUCACUUUCCUCCUCGCCUUCUCCUUCGAAUGCUUCAGCGUCCAAACACACUCCUCCCUCUUCCUCACGGGCGCCGGCUGGGUCAUCAUCGGCCUCCUCGUCUGCUGGACCAUUAUCACCGGCUGGGAGAGCGGCGAGACAUCGCGUUGGGCGGUCUACAAGGAACGUUUCAGGAUGUUCUUCUCCAAGGACGAUGAGGACGAGGACGACGGCGCGUCGGAGAAAGAAGGCGGCUCGGCGGCACCAAGUGAAAAACGGAGCUCGGCGAGCGACAAGCGGCAGUGGUGGUCCCGUGUGCGGCGUUCCCUCCGGCACUCGCUGGACUUCGCGCGGUUGAACGACACACCGUUGCCGGCGGUGCGCUCAAGACCACCCUCGAUGCACGUAUAG